AUGUGCGCUUCGUUUGCUAAACUCGAUUCCACUAACCUCGUUCAAGACGGAUACAACAGCACAUGGAAAUACAGCUUCCCUGGUAGUGCUGCCGAUUUUAAGGAUGUAGCAUGUGCAGUUCAAUCGAUUUCGAUGUAUAACUCUGAAUACAACAUUGACGCCGCUCAAUUCUGGAACAGUUCCUUUAAAAUUGAAGUUCCGACAGCUGGAACCACAUCCACUGUAUCUGUUGGCUUGCCUGAGGGGCUUUACAAUUAUACUGAUAUAAAUCGAAGCAUCCAGACAGCUCUCGUAAAUGCUGGAGCGUAUUUAAUUAAUCCAUCGGGUGAGAACGUUUUCUAUAUUCAACUAACGGAAAACAGUGUGUAUUAUGCUGCUCAAUUCGAUUUUAGCGCUACUCCAACGACACUUCCUACGGCUGGUGGCACUUGGACACGACCGGCAAGUGGUCUUUAUUUUAAUACAAUUCCUCAGAUCCAUCCUACAUCUUCUUACAUCGUUCGUUGUGAUCUAAUUAAGAACGAGUAUGUAGCCUCUGGUGAUAUUCUUAGUGCGUUUGAUCGUGGUGAUGCUCAGGUAGGUCAAUUAAUCAGCUAUAAGCCAAGUCAAUAUGCCUGGAUGAACUGUUAUAAUGGAUCGCGCACAUCAAUCACGAUUUCAAUCUUUAAUCAAAACGACCAGAAGGUUAAUUUCCGUGAUACUUCAGUCUCGAUCAUGCUUCUGCUUCGUCCAAAAAAAUAA